AUGGCCAGCGUCGUGCUUGCGCUUCUGCUGGGCGCUGCCGCCGCCGACCCGUACCUCGUCGAGUGCUUUUGCAACACGACCGUGACGUCGCAAGUCAGCGUCAUGACGUCAGCGACGGCCGAGAGCAGCACGACGACCGCGGUCUUGACGCUGCCGACCUGCCUCGGGGACGUCUUUGGCACGACCGGCAUUCGGUGGUACGUCAACGGGCCGUUCGACGCCGCGGUCACGUACUGGCCGACCAAGACGGUCGAGUACAACGGCGACCGCGCCGCGAUGCGUCUCAUCCGGCUCGGCUGGUCGACGCCAAAGCGCUGA